AGCAAGACUUCGGAAAACAAGAGAGAGAGAGAGAGAGAGAGAGACUGCAGCGGACACUACUCUGAUGUUAAGGCCAUGAGAUCUUCCUCUUCAAUCAUCAUCAUCAUCAUCAUCAUCAUCAUCCAGGAUGAAGAGUAUGCCGGACAGCAGAGGUGGACUGUGGGAUUCAGUGAAAAAAGCAGCGUUUGUUAUUGGAUCAGGACUUUUCUUUCUGGUGGCCUUCAGGAACUCAGUGACAUGGCAUCUUCAGAUGUUUUGGGGAGCAUCAGGAGAUUUCUGGCAGACACAGUGGACUAGACUUUAUUUAGCGUUUGAUGGAAAUGAGGCGUCUCUGUUCUUAAUCGGAAUGAUGCUCGUGCCAACGUUCUGCUUCUGGGUGUUUAACAGUUUCUUGAUGAUUGUGGAUAUGAGGGGAAAACCUGCGUUCAUCACGCGCUACAAAAUUCAGCAGGACAAAAACAACCCGGUGGAGGUGGAGCGUGUGUGGAAGGUGGUGAAAGUGGUUCUGUGUAAUCAGUUGUUCUUGUCGGUUCCUCUGGUGCUUCUCACCUAUGCUGUGAUGUCGUGGCGUGGAGAACCCUGCGCUCCUCAACUGCCAACCUUCCACUGGGUUCUACUGGAGCUGGCUGUGUGUGGUCUGCUGGAGGAAGUGCUGUUCUACUACUCACACAGGCUGUUCCACCAUCCAUUCUUCUACAAACGCAUCCAUAAGAUCCAUCACGAGUGGACAGCACCCAUUGGAGUUGUGUCUCUGUACGCUCAUCCCGUGGAGCAUGUGUUCUCCAACAUGCUGCCGGCUCUAAUAGGUCCAGUUCUGCUGGGUUCUCAUCUGACCACCACGUCUUUGUGGUUCAGCGUGGCUGUGAUCGUCACCUCCAUCUCACACUGCGGUUAUCACCUGCCCCUGCUGCCCUCACCCGAGUUCCACGACUUCCACCACCUCAAGUUUAAUCAGUGUUACGGGGUUCUGGGAGUUCUGGACCGGCUUCACGGUACCGAUGAUAAAUUCCGGCAAACCAAAGAAUAUGAGCGACAUACACUCCUGCUGAGUCUGACACCACUCACCAAGAGCAUCCCGGACACGCCCCAAACAAGAGUGACGUCAUCACUACCCCAGACACACCCCAAGAGAGAAGAGUGACAUCAUCAUCAGCCCAGACACACCCCAAAAAACAGGAGUGACGUCAUCACCAGCCCAGACACACCCCAAAAAAUUGUUGAUGUAUCCGAAUUUUAUCGGAUUUUGCUUUUGUUUGGAUUGUAACUGAUGAUUAUAAUCUGAGAAUGAUUUUUGUUUCGCUGUUUUGUCUCCAAUGCACCUACAGUGACUUCCCCUAAUCACUCCAGAGUGUACAUUACACACUAAGAAUUCUUCAGAAUCACGGUCCUAAUCUGAAUCCGGUAUUGAAAAUAAAUAUUGAAAUGUUUUAUUAAUGGAUGUGGAUUCAGUACUGAACAGAACUCUAACACACGUAGAACUGAGACCGGGAUUAGUGUCUCAUAAUACGGUGGCCAAGGGAACUUCACCAAGGGGAAAUGAACAAGGGCACAUGACAGUCAGGAAGGAGACGCUGCUAUAAUACCAUAAACAUUUUACAUAAACAGAUGAAAGAUGUAAUUUUCCAGAUCUUGAGUUUUUGCUUUAAUAAAGAUAAAUAAUUAUUUUUAAAUAUUCACUUUAAAAGCUUUGCAGGA